AUGGCGUCGACGAGGGCGAUGAUCGCCGUCGUGGAGAGUUCCCAGACCGCGAAGGGAGGUGUCGAGCUGCCAGAUUUCCUCGCCGACCGCUCGGCUCGAACCGCGCCACUACGUUUCAGCAAAGCUCCAUCGCUUUUCCCACAUACCAAGGCCGAUCUUCUAAAGAUCUUGGAGCAAGGCGAGAAGGAAAAACAGAGCGUGGCAGCC